UUUUUAGAUAGUCUGAGAAAUUAUCCCAAGUGUUAUAAUGGUGGGUCAUUUUUGUGACAUGAGGGCACACCUUAAGGGGAACUGGUUAAAACCGGAAGUUAUGCAUAGGACUCGCAGAGUGUACGGUUGAGACUACAGGCAGGUGUCAGGCAUUGCUGUCCGACAGAUGAAGACAUCAAACGACGAGCAAAAGGAACAAAAACUCGUUGAAUUAUUGACCGAGAACAGGGUACUCGGCAAUCGCAACCAGACUCCAUUAACAAAAACGGUAAUUUUACUGAGCAGAACACAGGAGUUCCUGGAGUAUCCCCGUCUCCAUCGGUUAGUUAGUUUGUGUUAUUGUGAGACUUUCAGUUGGGGGAGAAGUAUUCAGAUCGUUUACACAGGUUAAAUUAGUCCCCCCUUUCAGUUGCUCCUACAAUAAACAAACAGCUUGAAUUAUUGUACUGGCUGGACUAAAUGAUUUAAGUUGAUUUAAAUCCAGACUCCACUGACAUAAACAAUAAUUAACCCAGCAGGACAGAGUGAUACACCGCUGCCUCGGUGACAGUGACAGUAACGUGUCACAGUUUCCGGGAUAUUUAAACUGAAAAAAACAAAACUUUGCCUGCACCAAUUUUCAGUUGGAGCACAAAGCAUUUUUCGAAGUUGAAAUGAACGAAACUUUUGGCUCCAUAAGGUUCCACCGAGAUUUGAACUCGGAUCGCUGGAUUCAGAGUCCAGAGUGCUAACCAUUACACCAUGGAACCACAGCGAGCCAGAGUAAACAAGAAACAAGAACAUCUACACAAACUCAAACUCAAAUAACACAAGAGGGGAUGAAAAGUUUUAUUUUGUUAUUUUUAUGAAGUGAUCGCAACAAGACCGGCAAAUGGAGCUUUAGUUGUUAGCUGCAUUUUUAUAGUUGUGACUCACUUCUCUUUCAGUUCAACGUAAGAACUGUGGAAAGACACUUACGGUUGUUGUUCACGCUGUACUUUUCAAAAACCUUGAGGUUCCACCGAGAUUUGAACUCGGAUCGCUGGAUUCAAAGUCCAGAGUGCUAACCAUUACACCAUGGAACCCUGUGAAAGACCUGACCUUAUCACAGACACAGAGUUAUUUAUAUCCCCCCUCUAGAGCAAACAUGUUUAUUAUAUGUUCGUGCUGUUUGCUGAUAGUAACGCUAACUUUCAAGGUGUUUCUGUCGGCAUACGUUCUCAAUUUGACUUUAAAAGCAUUAGAAACGUGAUUAAUUGGAUUAAAAAGUCUACUUAAAUAUUGAAGGAAUUUCAGCACACACGUUACACAAUGUUUUGUCCUUGCUGUUGUCUCUGUAUAUCCAGCCAUGUGGGUUGUAAAGGCACAUUAAAAUAGUCAUGUUACAGUAAGAUUAAACUCACGAACACAUAAUAAAUUGGAGGAUAUUAUGGACCUUGAGAUGUUUCCAUCUUUUUCAAGCAACAGAGAUAAAGGAUGACGGGAUGUUACCUACCGAAGCCUCUGUAUGUACAUCUAACAACAUUAAUUUAAUUUAAUUUAAUUUAAUUUAUGAAUCCCAAGCUGGGAAAUCAAUUAGGGAAACGUUCAGGGAACUUGAAGUUGGUUCUCCAAACGUUCUGGAAACCAAAAUGUGCUACUAGGGAGACAUGGUUGCUGUGGAUUUGAGACUGACCAUGUCAGAGCUGCACAGCAGAGCAGCAAAAUGCAGACAGUAAUGACUUUACUUUGACUCUGCUCUUGAAAUGCACCCAAAAAAAUUAGUUUAUGAGGGACAUGAAAGAUCUGUUAAAGAAGGUGGAGACAUUUCAACACCAAAACAGAGGCAAACUGAAGUGCUGCACCCUGGUAAGGGCCUGACUCUCAUCUGUCUCAAGGCUGUGACCAUUAAAGGGGAACGCUAUUUUCCAUUCUUGUCUUAUGAAACAGUCCAGCUGACAUGUGUAAACAGUGAGAACUCAACAGCUCUCUUCCACAGCAACCCAACCACAUGACUCGAGGCCUACGGUCCUCGAUGCUGCAGCGCUGCAAAUCAUCCCACACAGUUCAACCUACGACGUCAGCGCGUCUUUACGUGCUCUACUCGGAACUGAGAUUCCCAUGUUGCAUUUAAAUACUGCUCGGACACACAUUUUUACCUAACCUGCCGUAUGCAAAUUUUCGCAAUACUGCAGCUUGAUUUUGACUCAGGCUACUUUAUAUUUAUAUUAUACUAAUAUGGACUACAAACAGAUUAUGCAAAUAGCAGCAAAUUGGCAAAAACUGGUCAAAUUUAAAAAUGUCACACUACUUUGCUUGGUGUGUAAAGUCGCUUCCGACGAAAUUCUGAUAUGUCCUUGAGCACUUGAAGGCAGCAUUAUUUUGCGUAUGUGAUCUUGCUGGGUAAACGAUGAAGAAAACAUAACAAUGUUAUGAGUCUGGAUGCUAACCUUACUUGAGGUAACGCGGAUGGGACAAACCCGUCUGUCACACUCAUCCAUGGCCUCAGUCAGGUGGAUCUGAACGAUGCACGGCGCUGUUUUUGGAUCCCUCUGGUACUUUAUGAUGAGAAGGGAGGUCUGGAGCCGAGAGAUCGAGAAUAACGGAACACAGCUGACAGGCGGAUCGACCGCUCUUGGUAAACACAGUGUCUCAUGUUAUGUGUCAGAGUCGAGUCUUGUAUGGUCGGAAGGCUAACGUCCAAGGUAACAGUUGCAGGACGUUGGGAUAGGCGGUCAGACAUCUGAGUCGAAAGCAGGUGGGCCAGAGAUGGGAAAUGACACCGCUCUGUUCCAAAUUCAUCCGCUCGAGCGAAGGAGGAUAGCCCUGCAGGCGAAACGUCCUCGGAGAGAGACCAGUGUUGGGAAAACGCUGUUUUAACACCGUAUAUUUAACACACCGUCUCACUACGCUGCAUCCGAUUCCUUAGCAGCGCCGACGCGGGGUCUUGUUGACGCGAGUGGCGUUAUUAUUUUUGUCUCAUCACUUUGCAGACAUGUCCUUCACAAUGGAGGAUAAUUUGGAGUCGGGGUGGGUAGCUGUCCGCCCGAAUGCGUUUGAAGAGAAGGAAAAGCAUAAAUUUGUUUUUAUCGUCGCCUGGAAUGAAGUGGAGGGUAAAUUUGCCAUUACGUGUCACAACAGGACAGUGCAGAGGAGAAGCUUUGGUAGGGACCCUCCGGUGGAGACGACCAUCCUGGAUGGGGACAAAACAAAAUGGCCCGAAAGUCCCAUCAGGGAUAAAGUAUCUGGGAGCCCCAGUAAAGGAACCAGGGAGGCUGUGGAUAAAGGCUGCAGCCCUAAAACCAAGAUGGCAACAAAACUAAGUCCUGCCAAAAUUCCAGCUGUGAUUAAAUCUGCAGCAUCCCCCGUUAGUCCUGAUGCUGAGGUGUUAAAAUCAUUGAAAGAGGAAGCAUUGCCCGAAUCACUGGACAGCUUGGACCUGGAGGAACUGGAUAGUCUGAGCAGGGAGGACUGCAGCUGGGCCGGACUCUUCUCCUUCCAGGAUCUCCGGGCAAUCCACCAGCAGCUGUGCUCGGUGAACUCGGACCUGGAGCCCUGCCUCCCGGUGUUUCCGGAGGAACCGGCCGGGAUGUGGACGGUGCUGUUCGGGCCGGCCGAGGUGUCGGAGACCGAAAUGGACGAGCUUUGCUACAGUUUACAGGUGUACCUAGGCCACGCUCUCGAUACGUGCGGAUGGAAGAUCCUGUCCCAGGUUCUGUUCACGGAAAAUGACGACGAAGAUGAGUACUAUGAGAGCCUGAGCGAGCUGAGGCAGUCCGGGUACGAGGAGGCGCUCAAUCGCGCAACAAAACACCUGCAAGAGCUGCUGGAAAAGCACAGGACCAUGGACAGUAUGGUGGAGCUGUUGCAGCUGUAUGAGGCGGAAGACGAGGCCUACGGAGGCCUGCUGGAGGCCUCCACACAGCUGUACCAGUACCUGCUGCAGCCCUUCAGAGACAUGAGGGAACUAGCGAUGCUACGCAGACAGCAGAUCAAGAUUUCCUUGGAGAAUGACUACUUGGGCCCAAGGCGGAUAGAAACUCUAAAAAAGGAGGAUUUCGACUGGCAGAAGAAGGCUCAGGAGGCAGUGCUAAACAUCCAGGAGUUUACUGUAAAAUACUUUGAGAUCACUGCCAGAGCCCAGAAAGGGGUGUAUGAGCGUAUGAAGUUGGAUCAGCGUAAGUUUGGUAAAUCUUCUUGGACGACUGCAGUGGAGCGCAUGGAGAGACUCCGCUACUCUGUUGCAAAGGAAACUCUGCAGCUCCAGAGAGCCAGGGAGAUCUGUCUGGACCAGAAGAAACACACACUUCGAGAUGAGAUGCAGAGUCUGUGUAGCAGUGAGGAUGCCAUGGCCCUCUUAGACCACAUGGAGACCCAGUACUACGAGCUCCAGCUGCAGCUGUAUGACAUCCAGGCUGAGAUUCUGCAGUGUGAAGAGUUGCUCCUCACCGCUCAGCUAGACAGCAUUCGCAGACGGAUGACAGAGCGUCAAGAUGAGGUGGUGUACUAUGACACCUUUGAAAGUGCAGAUGAUAUAACAGAGGACGAUACUGCAGAGAGGGAAGAGCUGUGCAGACUUCAGGUCAGCGCUCGACAGCUGGAGGCAAGACGGGGACGCAUCAGUGCCAAGCGCACCUAUCUGAGGAACAAGAGGGAGAUCUGUGUAUCCAACCACAGUCAGAAACAGCAGAAACGUCAAACCAUCCACAGGGACUCUGUGUCCCACCAGGUCCUCCAGCUGAAAAAUAAAGAAGAGGAAGAUGAGGACAGGAAGAACAGCAGAGUUAGUCAGGAAAGACAGAGAACUCUGGACAGGCUACGCACUUUCAAGCAGCGGUACCCAGGUCAGGUGAUUCUGAAAUCCACUCGACUGCGCGUGUCCCACACCAGAAGAAGAGACCGCGGAAGGAGCACAGAAAUGGGUGUUGUGGGUGAGAGGGAGGAGUGUGUGGACUCUGUUUGUGUCCAGAUGCAUACCCAGCCGCUUUGUCUGAGCACUAGUGUGCAGACGGACCCCAGCUCCACGCUCACCACUCAGCCCGUCACGGCCCGCGCAGCAUCCCUUCCUCCGCUGCCUGUCCCGAGUCCUGCAGACUCCUCCUGCUCUCCCUGCUCCCUGUCCUCACUACUGGGAUCCCCCAUCUCUCCUCCUCCGCCGCCGCCUCCUCCACCUCCUUUGCCAGCAAAGGAGGAGUUGUCGCCUUCUGGGAGUUUGGGUCGGCAGGGGCAGAAGGUUGAGGGGAAAGGUGCAGCAGAGGAGCUCGCCCUCUCCCCGCUCGGCCCGUUUAUCCCUCGCUUUUUUGACAGCAGCCAAUUGGUGAGCGCUCGGAAAAAGCUGAGGAAGACUCCAGAGUUUGACUCCCACAGCAGAAGAGUGAGCUCGCCCAUGGACGAGGUGCUGGCCUCCCUGAAGAGAGGCAGCUUCCACCUGAGGAAGGUCGAGCAGCGGACCCUGCCUCCUGCCAAGGGUGACGACGACCCCAACAGCAUCCUGGUUCAGAUUCGCAAGGGGGUCAAACUGAGGCGUGUCCCCAGGAAGGAGAGAAAGGACCAAGGAGAGCUCCCGACCUCCACCGACCCCCUGACCAGGAGCAUCCACGAGGCUCUGCGGCGCAUCAAGGAAGCUUCACCCGAGUCUGACUCAGAUGACGACGGGCUGGCCGGCCCUGACUGGGACAGCUAGGGUUCAAGGCUAAGACGCAACAAAUAAUACGCACUCACAGAUGCCUGCACCCUCUGGCACUGCACACACUGCACUGCACUGCACUACACAGUACAGUGCUGCGCCAUACUCCACACACACACACACACACACAAACAUACAAAUACACACAGUCAUUCCUUCAUUCACUCUCAAGCACACACAGCCCAGUCACACGUGUAUCAAGUGACUAUUUCAGGGCUGCCUAAAUCAUACCGAGUCUCACCAAUUCACCAAACGCUCCAAAGGUCUAUGGUCAACCUGUUCCUUUGUUUUUCACACUACCUUCACCAUGACAAAGGAUAUUAUUUGUGUUUUUAUUUCUAAUUUUUGUCACUGUGGUUUAAUUCCUGUACUGUAAUGAUGCCAUUUUUUUCAGUUGUACUAUUGAAAAGCUCUGCACUGGCCAUUUGUGGCUACAUUAAUCUUCAGAAAUAGCACAUAACACAUUUUAUAGCACCAAAAAACUGCACUGAUACGGAAAGCUAUUAUUGCCGUGAGGUGAGUGAAUUUUUUUCUCCCACUCACAGCAACAAAAAUAUGUGACGUGUGUGGAUAAAUUGGGGUCAUGUGGGAGACUGAAAAGCCAAUGAAAGAUCCCACUGACCUGGAUUUACAAUCCAGAUCAAACCAUUACACCAUCAAUCGUCAUCUCUGCUGACACUCCCUUCUAUUUUUACCCAACCCGUGUACUAUGACUGAGCCACACUCUGCUGCACAGCUGGUUUUUGUCCUGUCACAUCUGUUUGUGGUAUGUCAGACAGUGUGAGGACCACUGAUCUAAUGACCACUGAUCCUGUCUAAUCUGACUUUAUACAAAGACUGUAAAUCCUUUAGUCUGUCACACCAGAUCCAUGCCCCUCCCCCACUCGUAUCGUCUUCCAGACUUCACCACCCCCUCAACUCUCACCCCUUCACUGGGUGAGGGAAUAUGUAUCGACCCAUCUGUUCGACUGCAGCAUAUGGCCGGGCUGGUGGGAGAUAUGUGAGAGGCACAAAAGGUUUAUUAUGUGGUGCCACAUCAGCUCUGAGCACAAGCUGGUCACCUGGAGAAGGAGAGCAUUAGAUGAAGGGUCACCUGUGGAGUUGCGGAGUUUUCUUAGCAAGGCUGAAGUCGUGGUUGGUCUCGGGACUCUUUGUGAAGUGUAAGAGAUUUGGUUGGUGAUUCCAGUGUGGGAUAGUCACAGCAGAGAUGUGAAACUGGUCACGCUUGUUUGAACGAUGGAUGGUUUGUGGGAGGCUAGAUUUUCUCAGCGCUGCAGGGAGUCACCGUGGGCUGUGGAGCAGGCGCUCGUGAUUGAUGCAGUUUCUCCUGCCAUCUUAUUCACUUUCACUCCCCUCUCUUCUCUUGCAUUAUUUCUCAUUUCUUUCACUCAGUGGGCAGAAGCACACAGUGGGAAGUCUGUUACUCACAGUGUUGGAAGUAUAAAAACACGCUCAUGGACACAUGGACUCGUGCACUUACCUCACAGCCAACGUGUGCAGAAACAUUUUAGUGAGUCCACAGCCUCUACUAAGUCCUUUUUUUUCCAAAAUAGGUUUCUGUACUUUCAUCAUACAUUCUGAAUCACUUUAUCUGUAUAGCAACAACUGUUCUUUUAUCACUUGUGAAACAUUUUAGCUGUAGUACAUGAAUAAGUUUAAACAUGCACUGAAUAUGUAGAAUUGGACCUCCAGAUGGUGUGUGAUGGAAGGACAGUAUAAGAGGACCAGUGGGACGCUUAGCACCACAGGAAUUCACUCAAACAUACGUGUUAGCAUGAAGCAAAAAGACGUGGAUUCAUAAACUAAGCUCUGAAUCUGGGGCAGCCUUGGCAUGCACUGUCUUAAACAGCUUUGAUGCAAAGAUUUGUGCUUUUCCUCUUUUUCUUGUGUUGAGAGAAACUUGUGGAUUAAUCAUGAAGCAGACACUAAUGUAGAAAGCACCAGCAUGGGAAUAUAUGUUGCAUUAUGCAGGUUGAAAGUAGCUCAGUUCUAGAGAGAGUUUCUUAUUUUUCUGGAUAAGCAAACCUGAGGCACUUUUACGUGUCUUCUGUCACCAUCAGGACAAUGUUCUUCCACAGCACCUUCAUCAUGUAGCAUGAGACAGAGAUCUAACCCUGACCUGACUCUUAAGUGAAACCUAACCCAAACCUUACCUGACUCAAUGUUACAAUAACGGACCAGGGCAGAGUUUCCCACAAGAUGUUAGCACUGAGGUUUCUGCUAAAAAACGACAAACUUUGUGCUCAAAACAUGUGGGAAACUGGGCCCAGAAUGGGACACAUUUGCCAUAAAUCACCUAUUUAUCUCCCGACUGACCUUAGAAACACACCGUCUUGUGUUUUACACUCACCUAUAAAUAACCGUAACUCAGCUUGUCAGCUAACUGUGAUUUUACUUUUCAUUGCUUCAUUUGUGUCCUGUUUUCCAAAGCAUUUCCAACCAAAUUGUUUUGUGUCGUGUUUGCUUCUGAACAUUUCCUAUAUAAAUCUGUUAUUAACACAGGCUGACUAUAUGACCUGCUGUCUGAAGAAGCCAUUCAGCCACUCGAGAAGUGCAAUAUCAAUAUAUAGAAAUACAAAAAAGGGAUGAAACAAGUUAAUGGGUGUUAAUGGGUUCAAGUUGAUUGCCCAAAACAACAGACUUAUUAAAUGUGGCAGUUGUUUUUACACAUUAGUGUAUAGACAUACUGUUCCAAGAAUACCUUUUUGCCUUUAGUCCUGCCAUUUUCAUUUAUUCAGACCUUUUUUUAUUUACAUCCUUGCCUCUGCAUUUGAAUAAAACCUUGUGAAGCAAAUUCCGAGAUU